AUGAAGCUGACUCGGAAGAUGGUCCUGUCCCGGGCCAAGGCCUCGGAGCUGCACAGCGUGCGGAAGCUCAACUGCUGGGGCAGCCGCCUCACAGAUGUCUCCAUCUGCCGGGAAAUGCCCAGCCUGGAAGUGAUCACCCUCAGCGUCAACAGCGUGUCCACCCUGGAGCCCGUGAGCCGCUGCCAGCAGCUGAGUGAGCUGUACCUGCGGAGGAACCGCAUCCCCAGCCUGGCGGAGCUCUACUACCUGAAGGGCCUGCCGCGCCUGCGCGUGCUGUGGCUGGCGGAGAACCCGUGCUGCGGGUCCGACCCACACCUCUACCGCAUGACCGUCCUGCGUAACCUGCCGCACCUGCAGAAGCUGGACAACCAGAGUAGGUGUCCGCGCCGCCCCGACGGGGGCCCCUCCUCUCCCCCGCCCUUCCCGCGUGUUGCUGAUCCUUGUGGACCUGGCAGGUGUACCCCACCCCCCACCAUGGUCUCUGGGGAGAGCCCCCAGGUUUGCACUCCUCACUUCGCAAGCAACAAUGUCCUGACUGCCAUCCUGCUGCUGCUGCGGGAGCUGGACGCCGAGGGGCUGGAGGCCGUGCACCAGACCGUGGUCAGCCGGCUCCAGGCUCUGCACAAGCAGGAGCCACAAGAGGACGUGGAAUGA